GGGAGAGCUUACUUCCAUUGGGUGACAAGGGAACAGGGCUCCUUUGGUUGGUUUAAAGGUGUAAUGGAUGAUGUCGCAGAGAGUGACCACAAUCACAUUAUAGAAAUGCACAAUUACUUGACUAGUGUGUAUUUUGAAGACAAUGAAAGGUCUGCUUUGCUUGCAAUGGCUCAGGAGCUUCGGCACGCCAAAAAUGGUGUCAACGUUGUAUCAGAAAGCCGGAUAAGGUCACAUUUCGGAAGGCCAAACUGGAGAAAGGUGUUUUCUAAUUUGGCCAAUGCACACAAGUGCUCUCUUAUAGGCACAUGGCUUCGAGUAGACUCAAAAAUCUAUUGUUAAUUAUCUCCAUGAGAUUGGGACACUUUCGAUUAAGAGACCUUCAUAAUGUUAAUGAAAAC